GCGAACUGAGAAUCAACUGUUUCAAUCAUUUUGAUUUUUUCUCUUACUUUUAAUUCAAUUGUUUGUCUUUUUUUAAAUUGUUAAUUCAAUUAAUUACUUUGUGAUAGAUUAAAUCUUACAUUUGAUUGUUAACCUAAUUUAAUUGUUCUUAGGUUGGUAUAUAUCGGUUAAUCUCUCUUUUGUUGGACACUUUGGGCUUUUCUUUUCGUCUCUUCUUGGUCUGUUAAUGGCACCCGAUUUUAUUUCCAAAUCAUCAGGACUCAAUGGAGAUGUUAAUUGUAAAUUUAGUUUAACCAGUUUAGAUAGUCUAAGGUUUGUUGUUAAAGUAACACUUUAUUUUUCUAGAGAUACUUUCCAAUUUCUAUCAACCAAUUAUCCAAACUUUCGAAAGGAUAAAGUAUGUGUCAUCUCAAUUAUUGGUAAAUCAUCUGUCGGAGCUCGAGCUUGUAAAUCAACGUUAAUUGACGAUUGUCUUGGGAAGAAUGUCUUUAGAGGAAAAUUUUGUGAUAAUAAGCAAUUAAUUGAUGAAUCGACUUGUCAUGUUGAAGGAUAUUUUGACUCACGAAAUCGGGUCAUCUUUUUACACCUAAUCUCACCUUUGGAUACCGAUGUUAUCGUUCAUAUAGCCAAUAAAUUGGAUCAUGAAUUUGCUUCAAAGGGAAUUUUUCAAAAUUUCACUGAUUUUACUUUUAAAACAGCAAAGAUUUUACUCUUUCUGUUUAUCAUUUCCCAUAUUGUUGUGAUCGUUAAUCCAACCCCACACUUUGAUCUCAAUUACCUUCAAUUAUUUCGAUUACUGGACAUUACUCGAAUUAAAACAUCACCGUUAGUCUCAGAGAUUCUUCGUGAUUUUCCCAAUAUUUCCGAUGAUUGGGUCUUCAGUGGUCGUCCCUGUUCACCUCGUGUACUUUUCGUAUUUGAAGCUUAUAGAAAUUCACCAAUUAUCGCAAAUAAUAAACGAAUCUAUGAGCAACACUUAGAAGAUCAAAUUUACCGUUUCUUGCGGAAAAGUCGCAUCAUAACCAAUAUUUGUGCCAACUCGUUAUUCGCCAUUUGUAAUCAAUCGGAUUUUGUUUACAUUUCAACCCAAGAUCCAACAAUCAGAGAUUCUCAUGAAUUUUUACAAUCUCUUAUGAUUAAAUUGUGCUCCCAAAAGCAAAUCAAUGACAUCGAUGAAGAAUCUAAUGGUGGUAAAACAUUUUAUCAAUUUCUUUGGUCUCACAUUUCAACUGCAUUGACUAAGGGAUUUGACGAUAAUGUUGGUCGGCACAAUGCGGUUACCGUUUUCGAGCUUCCGGUUGUGGAAGAUUUUUUUCUUGUCACUGAAAAGUUACAUCAAUUAUUCUUCAAUUUGGAUGAUGAUCCAUACAAGGAUUCGCUGCCAUUGCUUAAUCAGAUGAGAAAUUCACUUGACAUUGAUACUCGAUUUUCUGAGGGUCGAUGUUCAAAGGUAUUACCAAUCGCUUUCAGCAUCUAUCAGGAAGGUUUACCUUCUCAUUAUACAUCAGAUUUUCAUGUUCGUAAAGUGGCCCAAGCGAUGCACUUUUUCACAGUUCAAUCUCGAGGUCCUGCUUUGUACAAUUAUUUACGACAAUUAAAGGAAGAAUGUGAUAACUUCUGGAAUAAUGGGCGACAAAUGUGCGAAGUAAUCAGUUUAACUGGGAACAAUUGUAUUAAUCCAGUUCAUCGGACCAAACCGGAAGAUGAUGACCAUUAUGAUGAUUUACUUUCCAAAACUGAUCCAAAUUAUCCAAUUAUGCCUCAUUGUAGUGGUGUUAAAAUUACCUCAGCUUGUGACUGUGGUCGACGUCAGGCCAAUCGGGAAGAUCCGUUUACCGUUAAAUCAGCAAAUCAUGAUUUCUACAAUACUUUCUCUGGUAAAUGUAAUUGUCACCAUUUGGAGCGUGUUGAGUUUCCCGUUUUCCAGCCAAGUACAGCCGACAUUAGACCUGCUAAAUUGAACCGUUUCUUUGAUCGUUACGAUGAUGCUGAACUUGAUUCGAGUGGUACUGAACCUGAAAGUCAACCUGGAACCGAACAAGCCUCUUUAACUGAUCUCUCUCAGGCAAUGGCUGGUGAACAAAGUUUAGAACCAUUUAGACGAACCGGUGCUUCCGGCAAAGAAACGGGACAAAGUGGAGAUAAAUCAGUUGACCCGAUGAGAAUUGGUGAUCUUAAAGAAACCGUAAAAGGCCAAGAAUCACCUUGUCCAGAAACACCGAAAAAACUGCUGACCACCAAUGACGAGAAAACAAAAUCAAAUUCAAUUAAAAGCGGAGGAUCAGCUGUUGAUGAUUACGAUGAUGUAGAUAAUUGUAAGAAUAACAGUCAACUGACCAAAAGUGAUACCCUUAAUCAUAAUGUUGCGAAUGGAGGUGUUGCUGAAGCAAAUGAUAAUAAUAAUACUGGGGACGAUGAAGAAGAUGACGGAGAAGAAGAUGAUGAUGAUGAUGAUGAUGAAAUUGGUGAAGGAGUUGAUAAAAGCCGAGAUAUCCAAUUAAUUAUCCGAGAAUAUAAUCGAUCACCACAUUCAUCGAUAUUUAAUCAACACUCGACAAUUGAAUAUCUUCCCGGGAUGUUACAUUCACAAUCCCCUCCCGGUUUGUUACCAAAAUUUUCAUCCUGGUCUUUGGUUUGCUUAGGAUCAUCAAGCCUCUACUCCCACAACAUGGGAGUUCAAGAUCAACCGGGCUUCAUUUCGGGGACCAAUUUCCUGCUUCCAUGGGAUGUCACCGUUAAACUUGAACAUUCAGGUCAACUUCCGCCUCUAUGGGAAGGUAAAAGGCCUCCAGGAAUUAAGAAUAAAAAAACUUUGAAAGAUGGAACUCAAUUUACUGUUAAAAUUUUUAUCGGAGUGGAAUAUGAAUGCCCCAGGGGCCAUCGAUUCAUGUCAUCAAAACCAGCGAGUGUGCUGAAAGCCACUAAGGGAAUUGUUAAGGAAAAUGCUAAUUUAAUUGCUUCCAAUGAUAUGCCAGUUUUUAUUCCUUGUGUUUGCAGUCGAUCUGGUAAACUAUUGUAUGGACAAUUAAUGAGGCUUCAUGUCGUUACACCAAAAGCUCCAGUCCAUGUGACUCUUAAUCCUCGAGUUCAACCAGCACCGAAUCCUUGUCCAAUAUUUUCACCAGGCAACUUGGAACCUGUUAAAUUAUCACAAUCAGCUUAUUGGAUUUUAAGAUUACCAUUUGUUUACCAAGGUGAUCAUGGUGUUUAUAUGCCAUAUAAGGAUCGACUUGAUUCCUGUCGAUUACUUAAAGAUACCUAUGGUAUAUCGGAUUACGUUUCAAAGCCAAAAAAAUGAACUUAAUUAACGAUUAUCAAAAAGGAUACUAAUAAUUAUGAUGAUUUAAUGGCAAGAAGAUGAAAUCUUACUACUCUCACUCUCUCUCUCACUUUCUUCAUCACUCUUCCUAUCCAUCAAAAAGAGGUGUGUUGAAAAUUGGAAACCUUUCAAUCAAAAGGAUGGAUAUGAUUUAAUCGAGGAUAAAUCAUAGAAAAAGAAUAAUUUUCCAUAAAAAAAUCAUCACCUGUUGUGAUGUUACAAAUUGUCUUUGAUUAGUUACAAUUAACCUUAAGGUUGUCAAUCUUUACCUGAAUUUGGUUGGUAUUAUCAAUUAAUGAUUCGUAAAGAAAAACUAAACUAGACUUGUAAUUAUUGAUAAAGACAAUUUGUUAAUCACUUUUAAAACUCUGGUUUUACCAAGAAAAGCAAACAAACACAAAUACAGAAACAAUUUGGUUAAUUGUUGAUCCAUUGUGUUUACAUGAUUAUAUGAACAAGCAAAUUGAAAAUCGCUCAACUUGUAAAAACUAAUUAACGUUAAUUACCCAUUGAUUGUUAUCUAAUUUGACCCAAAGAGCGAACAGAUUAAUCUUAAUUGUUAAAAGGGAAAAAAAUUACAACUACUAAUAUACUAAAGGAUAAUUAACAAUUAACAGUUUAAUCUUAUCACCAUCUAAAGAUUAUCCUAUUGUCUUAAACAUAUUAAAUAAUCUUCUCAAUUUGAUAA